AUGGUCUCAAAAAGCUGCAUCCAGCACGAGAGAAACAUUUUCUGUGAACCCUUUAGCGUACUGGUGCUUCUGGAGAGGUAAGUUUCCAUUUUUCAGUUCCGAUCUAUGCCUUUUAAAGAUCCCAGACGAUUCAAAUGACUUUCUUCAUCUUUCUCUUCUGAUGGAUCUGCUGUGGGGUUGAAAAUGCUACAGGGAUGCAAAAGAGGCCUACUGUCCGGAGCGCCUUAUUCAUACCGAUAGCCCUGAUUGGCUCGCCUAUUGCAACGGUGGACGCGUAAACCGAGAUAUUGAGUUCAGCAGACUGUCUGGACUUGCAGGCGCCUCGCUGCCUGGGUCUGUCGCCACCACUGAUGCAUCGAGGAGAAGCACAGUAAAAACUUCGGUCACUGCUGCUGCUUCCAUGGAGUACGUGAGUUUUUUCUGAACAGAGCGUCCUUGAAAUACCACUGUAUACUCUUUUGAGUUUCGUCACAAAGUAGACAUUUACGCGUUGCUACUAAAUUUAUAAAGAAUAAUCAGAUCCUUCAUUCGACGGUUGACGAUAACAGUUCGACCGUCUUAGCCAACGGUGCCCACUGUGUGCUCUUCAUCAAGGUGGAAGCAGGCGUGGUGACUUGUGCGGGAAUUAGUUUAUAGUGGCAGUAGACUUGCAUAGCAUCAACUACACUCUCUCCUUCCUCCCCGCUGGGCCCGGUGUCAAGACACAGUCAAAAAGAUGGAAGGCGGGGGGACGCAAGUGACUGGCAGGAUCGGGCCCGCACAUAGGCGUGCCACCACAAACACUUGGCCGGGAUUUUAACCAGCGACAAAAAUGGGUCAGAAAGGGAAGAGGAUGACACAAGUCACUGAGCAACCAUGCACACAGCCAGAAUCGCAAGCGCAUCCACCGGCAGGGAACCAGAUGCCAGAUAAUUGCCAACGCACACAAUCGCCAUGGAACACCGAAUAGUCUUAAAUGCGACCCUUCAGAUUUGGACGUAAAAAAACUUAUUCAGGUGGUCGGGUAAUAAACCCUCCCAAAGGAGAUUUUCACCCAAAAUAUAUUAAUUACCUGCACUGAAGAAGAAGACGCGAUCGCUGGGACAAGAGUCUUAUUAGCUUGAAGUUUCCAAUUCCUACUCGAACCCAUCAUCAGAGACAACAGCAGAUACGGAGGGUAUAUGCACACGGGGCUGCAGUAUUUAUAGGAUGAAGUCGCCAUGCUACCGCAGUCCAAUGAAUAUUCACGGACCGUUGCACUUAAUGUGCUGGUAAUUUGAUGGCCGACAUUUGCGUCGCUAGUUGCUGCAAUUUCAUUACAUGCAUUGAUGUUGGUGUGAUAAUUGCUCAACCAUCUGACGCACCGAUCCUGGUGUUGGGAAAAGUGUUCACCUGUGCGCUCCCGCGUGGCUAAUUACUAAGCCUAAGCGAAGUUUCAGCACCGAGUAUGUAAGGGAUGGAGUCGAGCAGGAAUCUGAAACGUCUGGCUAAUAAAGCUCUUGUCUCAGCUAUCGUGUCUCCUUCUUCAAGACUUACUCCUGAGACUCGUCUCUCCGCAUCUAUUAGUAAUUAUCUGCAUGUUAUCAUUCAAAGCACUUUGACUGCGGAAAAGUAGGUUUAAAGCUGUAACCACCCAACUUUCUGAGCCAAGAAUACUUGAGAUCACCAUUAAUAACUUGGGAAAAUUUCGUUCAUUCAGUGUUCGGGCUACGAUGAUGGGCUGCGAAAUCCAUGCGUGGUUCAGGAUCUUUUUAGAUUUCUUUCCAUGACGGUUAAUCACAAAUGGCGCGAGUACGCCAGCGUUGGUCGUUGAAGUCUCGUGCGGACGCUUGCUAUUGGGUAGCCGGAUAGUGUGUGCGUGGCUGCAACAGCCCAGGUCGACGAUUGCCCACAUUCUCAGGCGACUGGAAUGCUUGGCGAGCUGUUAACUUUGGUAUUUUACAUAAUGUGCGCUUGUGGAGAUUUAGUGCGUCGAGUAUGUUGUGGGCCAAGAUUUCAGACGUUCACACGGUUCCUUUUGUAUUUUUACGCACAGGGUCUGCUUUUGCCCUCAAGGUUUCCACAAACUGCAUGCAGGAUGCUUGCCAUAUGCAGCAAAUGACGUUUUUUGAAAUAUUUUACUCGCAGAAAUGAUAUCUUCCUGUUUUAAUGCUUUUUAAAUCAUAGAAUUAACUCAUGAAACGUCAUGAAUCAACACAGGUAAAUGACUUUAACACAGACUACCAUAAGCGAAAAAUGUGUCUCAGCUCGUCAAAAGACAGCCGGCAGACACCAGAUGCAAGUAAAACACCAACCUGCAACCAUCUUGCGUACACAGCUUGUACACCUUCAAGAAAGGGUUGGCUACCUCGAUGGAAUAGGUGUUGUCUACAAAAUCCCAUGUGUCAGUUGUAAUGCCGCCUAUUGUAGCCAGACUGGGAAAUCUGUCCCAACCCGAAUACACAAGCAUCAGAUAGCAGUGAGAAGACGUGACCAUCUAUUCCAGGUGGCUAUGCAUAAACUGGAUAAUUUACACAAAUUCGCACGGCAGGACACUCGCAUUGUUGGUGCCUGCCCAAUAAGCGAAGGCCGGGAGUCCUUGAAAGCAACGCACGCAGAUGAGGCAUGCAUCAAUCGGCAUACCGAGUUGGAUGCAACAUACACAUUUCUCAAAGAAAAUGGAAGCAAGCGCGGACAGUGUCGAGGGGCUGAUGAAACACCAUUGAUGUUCAUUGGCGAGGACUUCGACCAAUCACAGUAUCACUUGUUCGACACGGUUAAAUAGUGAACUGUUUUAGUACAUAACUCAGAAGUCUGAUGACGAGCUGGGGGGCCAGGCUAUAAAUUCUGCGUAAUAAGGCUUAUUUUUUUUCAAAGAAUCUUGCCUAUUUUAAAUUACAUUUCUUGGGAUGCCCAUCCUCCAGUAUGUAAGUGUAUAUAUCUACAUAUGGCUAUGUAUAUUGCACAGCCAUGCCCACCAAUAUGGUUAUAACGUUGGUUUUACUAACGUUCAUUAGCCAAAAACCAGGAUUUAACACUCUGAUAACCGAGGACUUCGACCAACCACAGUAUCACUUGUUCGACACGGUUACAUAGUGAACUAUUUUAGUAUAUAACUCAGAAGUCUGAUGACGAGCUGGGGGACCAGGCUAUAAAUUCUGCGUAAUAAGGAUUAUUGUUUUUCAAUGAGUCUUGCCUAUUUCGAAUUACAUUUGCUGGGAUGCCCAUCCUCCAGUAUGUAAGUGUAUAUAUCACAGUACCUGUGCUAACUCAUGAAAUGUCAUGAAUUAACACAGGUAAAUGACUUUAACGCAGAAUCGGUAAACACUACGGCUCCCAAAAUCUGAUAGCGAAAAAUAAAAGAUGUGCCAAAGAAAUAAAGCAAAGUUUGAUUUAGAAAAUAUUAUUUACUGAGAUAAAAAUAAAUGAUUUUCGACAGAAAUCACAUUUUCGAGAAAUGCCUAUAUUACAACCAAGCUAAUAAAGGCUACGUAUGUACGAAAGUUAAUUGAAAAAUUUCUUCCUUUCAUUAAUCUUCAUAAACAGAUUAAUAAGGUAAAACAAAGAAUUUUGAUCCGAAAGCUUUAAUAGCGUAGGAAACUGCUUGAAUAUCUGGAAUCUUCCGAUUUCGCCUAAAUUCAGCCCGUUUUCUAUUUAAUAUACAGAUCGGUAUCGAACUUUCCUUCAGCAAACGGCCUUUUCGUCCUUAUUUCAACUAAAUAAACACAAACAACAACACCAAAAAUACGCUACGGUUUCCACUCUAAUUUUGACCUCGACAUUUCAUGAGUUAGCACAGGUACUGUAUUACCUUAUAGAGCAGCUAUUUAUGGAUGUGUGAAAACACUGUGGCGUCCGAGCUGUUACCAAAGAGAUAAUUUGUGCACUGAAGAGACUGUCUUGACAAAGUUUCUUUCCUUUCUUUGUUUUGGUAAAGCUUAUAUAAUCCUAACAAACCGGCAUUCUUUAGAUGACAGCCAAGGUUUACUUACCGAAACAUUCAACGUUCACCUUUAAAAGCCACGUGGGUAUGAAGACAACAGUUUUAAUCUUCUAUGAUCGCGGUUAUCGAUUACGUCUACUUUGGGCAAAUCGUACUCUAGACGGUGGGAAUAAGUCAAGAACAUACAUUACAGGCUCCGAUUUAGUCGUGUGUCAUUUUUUUGGGAAAUAUUUUCUGAGAAUUCAAAGAAUAAACUCACACACGGAGGAAACGUGGACUCAGUGGAUAAUAUUGUUGGGGAUGUCCAAACUCCCGAAAAGAGUUAGUUAAUCUCACUGGAAAGCAUGCGUAUGCGUCCCCCGUGCAUUUGGGCAACACGCAGUCGACAGCGUCUUCCUAUUGGCUGUCGCCACAGUGUUUCCUUAGACCCUGAUUGGCCCAUGUCCGCGAUACGUUGUUCGACUCUUCCAGAACUUUCUUCUCAAAGCUGUCUGGACAGAAUGCUACCCAUUCUGGAGGGGAUGCUAUAAAUACACAGAGUUUUCCAGUUAAAAGGGCUUGCAGGUUCCAGUUAAUUCCCUCUCGGGCGGUUGUAUCCUUCUCCGCUGCCGUGUUGGGGCUUUGGACAACAGUCGAACAGGCAUCAAGCACGUGUGUUGGAUGAGUACUAGGCCGGGUCGAAACAGACGUCAAGGUGUCAAAAGGGCGUUCUAUACGCAGCGUAAGAGCAUAAAGUGGCUGUUUAUAUGUUCCGAUGGAGCAGUUUAUAAAGAUGGUCCAGGCUUUGGUGCGUUGGACUAACGCUAGCAGGAUUGCAAUGCUUCUGUGGCCUAGCUCUAUGAAAAGCAUGCGAUCUCCUUGUGGCCCUUCUUUUCAAAGAAGAAACAGAUGAAAUCUCAAUACAGUGAUAACACCCGCCUGCUGACGGUUGGUGUACGACGGCAGUCAAAUGCGGAUUUCGCGUACUGGUGGUACGGCGGACGUUUGCCAUUCCUGCUGAGCUGCAGGCUGGUGAAGUUGGUCGUUCCAGACUUUUGUCUUCUGUCCCACAGUCUCACUGGUUCGAGCAGGGGGCAGGUAUGCUGCCAUGGAGCCUUAUUCUUUGGAGUCUAGUUUUUAUUCAGCAUUCCAGCCAUACUUCUCAGGUAGCAAGCCCUAUGAGAGCCGGGCUUCCACAACGUUUCCUCUGGCUACUGUUAAUCGGAUUGUCUAAUCACAGGUUUAUCUUCUGAAUGCUUCCAUAUUCGUGAGUAUUUGAAAUGCAUCGUCAGCACUUUCGCCUAGGUUUGUAAGACAGCGUCGAGGCUCCUGUUUCCAGUGAAAACUGAGAACACCGAAAUGUCAUUAUACGCAAGGGCUUUAACUUGAUAAACAAACUCUUCAGGAGAUCGGUUUGAUGCAGAAACGGUGUUUUUUGCCGUCAGACCUCUGAAGUGGUUCUUGUCCAACCUACAGGUUAGCAAGGAUUGGAUGCAAUCAAAGAUGGAGGCGUCCGCGUCGCUACAUGUUUUAUAUCACAGUCCGGAUAUAAAAUGCAGAACGGGAGUUGGAGGCAAACUAGUUUAUUGUGCGGUGUGCCCGAUGUUAUUGCCAAGAACCAGGAAGUCCAGGAGUCCAUUUCUUCCCAACGCACAGGGGGUUGUCACGAAAUAAAUCGGCGUACUCUCGGAACGGAAGCCACACUAUAGUUGUUCCUCGCUAGUGAGCCUUUUGCGACGUCGCUCACUUCCAUAAGUUACCAGACUCCCUUAGCAAAGCCUGACGCAUGUAAAGAUCGGAAUCGGGUAGUUUGUCGCGCGUGCUGACUGAUUGUCAACCUCUGUCACAGCACAUGUGCCCAUCAUCUGCCUUCUUGAUUCUGUCUUGCCGUUGGUAAAGAGGAGGUGUGAAAGGAGGUUAGUUACAGUAGGUGGGCUAACUCUUGAAAUGUCAGCUGAAAUUCCGAAAUGCGUUUUCUUUCCAAAAAAGAUUAAUUAAGUAGGGUUGUAAAACUAAUCACCCCGCAAUAUCAUAAUUCAGUUACCUCAGGGUGCCGGCUUUCGAAUGAACUUAUUUCCGACUGCAUGCAAGGACAAAACUCUGCAAAAAAUGACUACUUAUAUAGUAUGCAUUUUUCUCAUUGAUUUUCGAUGUCCCUAAAUGUCCAAUUAGAUUUCACGGAAAACAUGAAUGAAAAUAUCCAUUCUUCCGCUCAUUCGGUAGACAAUUACGUCUUCUUCCAAUCUGAUACUCAACGGAAGGGUAUAAUCCGGAUUUCAAAAACUUUUCCAAUUCCUGAAUAAUUUUGAACCCGCUCUGCCGACACACUCGCAUUCAGAGUUUCCAAACUACAAACCAUAUAUUUUUCGCAUACGGAAAACCACUAAUUUCUCUACGAUAUUAAGAGGAGACUAUAUGGGGUUCAUAGAAUUUAGUAUUGAAUUUGAUUCAUAUAGUUAACUUUACAAGCCAUAUUGGUAAAUGCAGAGGCACGACGUUUUAUGAACGGCCAUUUCACGGUAUUUAACAGUCUCACAAUAAGAAACUUUUUGGAAACCAAAUUAUGCCCGUCUAUCAAGUAUAAAAUUGAAAGAAGACGUAAUGUUCUACCGAAUGAGUUAAAGAAUGAAUAUUUUUAUUCAUGAUUUCAUGAAAUAUUAUUGGACUUUUAGGGGCAAAGAGAAAAAUGCGUGCUACUUAAGUGGUCACUUUUUCAGAGUAUCGUUUUGUAUGCAGCCAGAAGGAAGUUUGUUCGAAAGCUGGCAUCCUGGGUUAACUGAAUUAUCAUAGAAUUAUAUUGUGAGCUGAUUAGUUUUACAACCCUACUUAAUUCAUCUUUUUCGAAACGAAAAUGUAUUUCGGAAUUGCAGCUGACAUUUCAUGAGUUAGCCCACCUACUGUAGAUUCAGCACAAAUUUGGCCCCCAUCGAGGCAGAAUUGGCGGGACACGUUUACUGUGAGACUUCACAACCGCUUGAGCAAAAGUCCCGGAAACAUCAGCUGCUGUCAGCACAGGGUGCUGGACGGGAAACAAAGGUGGUGGAAGUUGGAAUAAGUGCUCGCCAUCACAAGUGAAGGCGUUACCCUGACAGUCGAUUUCCUUUCUUUUCCGGUUAUUAAUCUUCAAGCUUAAAUGAAGAAUUUCAGAUCCACUGGCUGUCCUUAUGAUGCUCCCCACCAGGAGUCAAAGGAACAACUAGUUUUCUCCACAGAGUCUAACUAUAAUUUUUCCACUCAGCUUAAAGGGCCAUGUGUAUGGAUAACGUCUAUACCUUCAGAUGAACAGCUCACGUAAAAGUCUGUGAAAAUCGACAGAACUAAGCACCCGUUUCCAGAUGAAGCUAUUCAAAGCUAUGUGGGAAGAAAUGGGCAAAACUCCUUCACUCAAACUAACCUACAGCACAGGAGCUGAGACCACUCGAUUCUGAGUGACUCAUGACCUGCUGAGGUGACUUGCUAGUUCCCACUCAGCUGUGUUAUUCAGGCAAACGGAUACCUGUGAAGUGGAAGAUUGUGAUUUAGAUGUUUUUGAGACUCUCUGACACGUGGGCUGUCCUCUCAAGUCCGCUCUUCUCGACGCCUUUUUCGCCAGGUACCUGAACGAUAUCACCUUGCGAGGGCAUUCGGGCAGCCUGCAGACAAUCUGGUUUCUCUCCACCCAGCGACUUCUCCUCUCUGCCGGUUUCGACAUCGGCAUUCGCCUGUGGGACCUGAGUCCAGACUUCAGUCCCAGUCGUUCACGUUACAUCCGCAUCUUCUCCGGUCACCAGGACACUGUACUAUGCCUUUGGGUGGACAAAACCAGCUGCGAGGUCCUGACUUGUCCCACAGACCCCACCUCGACUGCCCAGAAGGCGAACGAGACGGUGCUGGCGUUUGCCAGUGGAAGUGCGGACCGCACUUGCAAGAGUACGUUGCAGUAGAGGUGUGUGCGCAUGUUUCCAGCCACACUUUUCAAGGAUUUGUGUGUCCCCAGCUGUGGGUUUGAAGAAUGCACAGAAAUUUGGAUUAGUUUUCUUCAAAAUACGGAUUUUGUUAGGCGUCAAAACAAGUAGGAGAGGCGCCCAACAGGCUCUAUAGAAGAAGCUGCAUAUGAGUAUAACUCUUCCCAACAUAUGGGACCGAAAUCUCAGCCGUUCUCCAAACACUUGCAGCUCUUUGCUAGAAGCCGCAGUCAAUGAUUAUGCCAAUUAAUCUAUUAAACCUAGUAGUCAUCUGAUGGACUUUUUCGCUGAUUGUUUAGGAAGUCCAGCUUGGGCAGUCUGGUAACUGUAUCGGAAUUGGUGGAUUCCGUACGUUGCGGUAGGCUGGAAGGAUAGCUUAGUCCAAAUGCAGUCGAACCCAAGGCCCCUUGUAGCUCAGGUGGUUUGAGCGUUGACUGUGCUACUCAAGCCUUACUCCUGCUGUCGUAGGUUCAAGUGUCGCCGAGACCGCCGCGUUUUUGACAUUAAAGUCAAAUGGACUAUAUUAAUCACCAACUUCAAGAUCCCAUAAAAGCCCUUAAGAGUAAUCUUCCCGAAGAAAAAACACUAGCGACUCGGACAAAAGUCCUUUGAUGAGUCUUUGGUAAGAUGUGGUUAUGUAGCCCUACCUAAUAGACAGAAUACUGUUGGGGUUUGCUAUUAAGGGUCAGGGCUAUGGGUUAGGGUUAAAGGUCAGGGUUAGGCUUAGGGGAAAGUGCAACUAUUUCCAAACCACUCAAAACACAACCGCUCAUAUUAAUCAGACAAACCUCGAUGUGGAGAAGGACAGACUGACUUUAUUCAAGUCGACGAAUGAACCGCAACUAUAUAGAAAGAGAUCAGGUGGAUUCAGGUUGCUAGUCAAGGUCUUUCUGAGUAGUUCUUUGUCAAGUCAACUCCGUCGACAUGUCUGAUUUUGUUUUUUUGUUGGAAGUUUGGAAAACGGACUGCAAAGACGCCAGCAUGACCCUAGAACACGCAAGCCCCGUAACGGCCGUCUGCCUUUCGGGCGGUAUCUGCGUGACGGGAGAACUGACCGGCCAGCUAACAAUUUGGCAGUUGCUAUGGCGAUCAGGCAUAGGACAAAUAAUGAAGGUGAGUGUUUAUUGUGUGUGUGUAUGUGUGUAUGCGAACUUUCUGCGGGCUCUUGGAGUACUUCCACAGGAUGUCCCGGCGACGCGAGCCAAUUACCAGCCUGUAGUAGUCAUCCCUUAAGCUUCUAAAAGUGAAAUAGCCAGGAACACGAUUUGACCUUUAGAAACCGAGCUAAUUUUCGUUUUCGGUACUUGAGGUGGAAGGAGCGGCAACGUAAUCAUUACUCGUAAAGUUUAUUUUUAUUUCGCUUUGUGCGACGUUUCUAACGAUCUGAAUGUUAACUGGCGUGAAAAGUAAGAUGCAGAAGUCAGUUCUAUCUAACCGUGGAUUAUGAUAUGCAUCUGAACCCAUAAAUCAUGGCCUGAAUUUCGCAAUACCUGUGUACACGGAACAUAUUCUCAGUAUGCGUUGUCUUUCUAUUGAUAACGUCUCCAGCCCUCUGAAAAUAUGUCAUUCCGGGAGAACUCACUAAUUAAGUGGUAGUUCUUGUCUUUUUGGGGUUUUCGCAAAUGAAAGUGUAAAAGUUCAUUGUUGUGGCAUUUUUUGAAAAAUACGAGGCUUAAUACAAGCAAAAUCAACAUUUUUGAAGUAAAAUGCAUUGGGUCAAAAGGUUCUACUUGAAAUACCCUUCGGAGUUUCUUGUUCAUGGACAAGACGAGUGUAUUCAACAUACGAACUAACUUUCUACAGACGGGACAUAAGUGAAAGCCUCUCCACAUCAUACAUAAAGCAAACUUUUUUUUACCGGAAAGUUCCUUCUUGCGGAUAUGGAAAAGUCGUGCCAAAUGUCGGAGUAUACCAUCGAACUGCAAAGUGACGCGUGUCGCGGACUCGAACCGAGCACCUGAUUGAGACCAGCCAGUUGUGUAGACCUCCACGCGACUGCCGCAUGUUCAGAGAGGAACUCUUAAAACCCAUCUAUUUUUUCCUCGAUUGAAUUAUGUAGAAUAUUUAAGUAAUGAUUGUAGGAUGCUUGCUUCCAACAUGAAGUAAUUAUAAGUUAGAAUUAUGGAUGAGUUUAUCAACAGGACCAAACGGAGUAGAGUAAUUAUCACUCCGCACAUGGGAUCCCCAGGAAGGAAAUAUGCAAUGUGUAAGCCACCAGUAAACAGCCGUCUGAUGGAGUUUCUCAAAGUACAAAAGAAUAGAAAAAAGGCGACUUGAAGGUCCACAGGAUGGAGGGGAGGUUCGCCAGGAUCUCCAGAGGAAGAUGCCAGACUCGACUGAAGUGCAUUUUCAACCACAAAAUUAAAGUCACGAAGAUGUACCGACAAAAAGUGGGCAAAGAUAGGGCCAAGGACCUCCAAAUAACUUGAGUUAGCCUGUGGAACGCGUCAUGCGUUGAAUGGUGGUUUUACGGGUGGGGCAGCACACAGGACGGAAGGCAAGCAGACCCAGAAAAUAGUUAAAUUUUUGCGCGAAAUUCUUAUCGUAAGCUGUCGCUUGGCAGAGCAAGUGGGCACGAUAAUUAAAAAGUAGACAAAAAGCAAUUUGCAAAAAAUAACUAGUUCUGAAUAAAGCACCUCUGGGAAGUUAACAUUUAGUCAUAAAGAGAAGGAGAUUUCAAAGAAUGCGAACGGAGAAUAAUAAGUGGUGUUUAUAGUCAGUGAAUUUUAUUGUAUAUUUUUGGACUUCCCAUCUACUUGAGGGGCCUACACUCCACCGUGGCCAAAGAAUGUAACAGAACGCGACAAAACGAGCCGGACGAAAACAGACCCUGAACAGUAUACGCAUUUAGAGCCUAGUUUAGGGGAGAUGUCAAAAUAGCAGUGGAUCCAAGAUGAAACUAGCUACCGUUACAAAUUCCCGUAUUAACCCCAAUUAGGGAAACCUCAGUGUCGGCAAGUUCAAUUACUGUACAGAGCCCUGUGGAUGGAGGCACUUAAGAUCGGUCGCAAUGCAUAACCAUCCGUGAUUUUGCAGCAGUAAUGAAGGAUAAACUGCGCAGGAAAAAAAAUGAACCGACAGCACGGCCAUCACCCUAUCAGCCAUCACCAGUCAGUAGAAAAGAGAGGAAUGUCCGGCAAGGGCCGCUGCAUCAUGAUUCGGGGUUUAGCCGAGUCCCACGUCUACACCUCGGACGAACGAAUCGCUGCAGACUUAACGCGAUUUCAGGAACUCUUCAACAAAAUGCUUCAGUUAUUGGAUGGAAUGACCAUUCUAAAGGACUUUCAUCUUGGAAACCGUUCAAACGUCACUCCACAGACACGACCAUGACCUCUAAAAAACUCCUGGACAGCAAUAAACGGGCGAAACUAAUCUUAAGUCGGGAAGGAGAGGGGUCGAGCACCGGAACAUUUUGUUAAUUGUACUGAGUUUUCGAACUCAUGCAGGAGUUCAUCGUCAGAGGCGACGAGGCGACACAUUAUCACAAGUGGCCGCUCACACCGACGAAAUGGGUCGCGAGUUUAACUUUGCAGCCACCAAAAUAACCGCCCACGCCAGAAACAAAACAGGCCGGGAAUCGAUUGAAGCUUGGGCCUCAUAUGAGAACUCAGCCGAUCGAUUUAUCGAUCUGGCGCCGGCGUACAAAGCGCUGCGCAGUCACCUCCACAGAACCGAACCCGUUUGACUGACCACACACCUGCACCAGUAGAGGGUGUCAAGGUUGUAAAUGGAUCUCUAAUGCACUCUAAAUCCGCAUUCAUGUAUACUAACGCGCAAAGUGCACUGUCUAAAGUGUACAGACUCCGAAACCGUAUCCGUGACCUCUACUCAGACGUUGUCCUGGUAACAAAAACAGAUUGACAGGUUGACGGCGGGGAACUUGUACUGCCUGGAUUCCAACCCGGCGAACGUCGACUGUUCUGAAUCAGCACUCAACCAGCAGUUUCCGCGUACUGCUGGCGUUCACUCCUCACUUCACGUUUACCACUAGAGUUCGCGAAGGCCAGCAGAUGGAUUGACUUGACCUUGUGUUCACAAACUCGGCCGACUACAUUGACAUAGUUAAUCGUCUACCUUAUUAGGUCAGAGCACUCAUCUGGCUCUCGUCUGGAACUUCACCCUAUUCUCGGUGCCUACCCAACCGCCUGAUCUCCAACUAAUUAUCUAGCAUGGUGAUUUUAAGCAGAUGAGAAAUGUACUUCGUUUUAUGGGUUAAGUAUCGAGGAAGUUUGGGGCCAAAUAAAAGAGAUGGUUCACCGAUACAAGUUAAGAUGCGAGUCCCAGGAACUAGUUGACAUGAAGUAGAAGCGAUCGCCGAAAAUGAGUACGAAUUACUGAACAAACAUCCAUAAGUUUCAGCGAAAAAACUGCAUAAUCGUCACGAACUACCGAUAGGCGAUCAGUAGCACACACAUUUUGGGCUAUUCACGUACUGCCAGUAUUGUUGUUGGCCAAAAGCAUAUGCGCGUCUUUCGUAGAUUUCGUUUCGCUAGUAGAGGUCCGAGAGAUUAUCUUAUCGCUACAGCUUCAAUGUGGUUGCCUGUAUUCUAAGACGAACAUUGAUCGAUUUCUCUUAUCACUGACAUGUUUUUUCUUCUAUCCCCUUCCCAUGUAAUCGUACUGGACCGAGGAGGGUUUGUCGAAAGCGACAGUGCGUGACCUGACUCAUGAAGGAUGUCGGAAUUUACGAUUGAUUGCAAAUCACUCGCAUACCGACACCAUUUCAUGAGUCCAAUGUCUAUGUUAAUUGAGUACAAGUUUGAAAGAAUUAAAAACAAAAGAAAUAUUAAAGGCAGUGUUGCGUUGUUUAGAAAUGCCGAUUUUUAGAAAAUCACAAUAUCCCGAAAACGGCAGAAAUGACUGUUAUUCAGUAAACUUCGUUUUUAAACGCAAAGAAUGUGUUCCCAUACUAAAAACGUAGUAAAUAUGAAAGCACAAAUAAAAACGUUUAACGGUAGUGUUUCUGUGAAAGCUACAUCAAAAUGUCCUUUGCAAAUUAGCGUGAUUUCAUAUAUGGUGGUUUGUCAACAGCCUACAUUCUGAGUAUAGAUUCAAAAACAGUUUUCCAGGGAUUCAUGGUAUUUUUUACUCGGUUUAGUUAAAUGAGACGGAGUUCAACAUGAGAAACAGAAUUUUUCUUGAUUUCACUAGUAGAAACGUCCUAGGGACAAACGUUUUCAUAAGGCGACAUGCUGCCAGGCCGAUCGAUGUCUACUAAAUUUAAAUAAAACUGACAGGCGUGAUCGUAAACAUACCAUUUUGUGUUCACCGAGAGAAAGUUUCUUCCGUUAAAUAAAUUUACACUUUCUGUUCGUUUUGGACUACGCUGAGUUUCACAUCGGCCCUGAAAUCUUGCUGAAUACUUCAUGAUUUUCAGUGUUUUCACUCAAUUGUCCAUAAAGACAGUUUCUGAAUUAUACGUGUGUUAAAAACUCCAAAAUACCAUAACUCCUGAAGGCAUUCACUGAAUAAGCGAGUGUUUGGGAGCUGCUUUUCACAAAGAACGUCGUUUGGUCACACGUGGAACUCAUUCAAACAUCAAACUUCAUUUUCGAAAAAAUGGCUGACCACAACGAAAUUCAGCAACGAAUAGGUCAGCAAUUCCUAAUAAGUUACCUCUUUGAAAAGUGGUUUGAUACUGCACUCCGUUGACGGAUCUCUGUACACUUUACAUUUUCACACAGUGAGGCCAUAAAAUUUGACACUUGGACAUUUAUUUCACGCUCGUAUAGAAUACUACUAUUUUUCAACUGUGUUAACAAAUGAAUUUGCACGAAAUUGCACGUCCAUUUACGCCAAAACGUACUAAUAUUUUGCCUGAUAUAAUAAAGUAAACACAAUUUCUGUACAAGAAAAGGACAGUUCAUUGAUUGAAUUGGAUGAACAAACAAAAUGCGCAACGUUAAAGACGUCCAGAAAUUCUUGUAUCAGUUCCCGUCAUCAGGUUUUAUGAGAUAGGCCACGUACUGAACGUAUGCUCACCACCUCGCCUUCUGACAGUCACUUUAGUUUAAGUUUUGGUUCAUUUAGCCAAUUUUGUCUGUUUCUACACUAGACUUUGACAGCGCACUCUGCUAGGAUAAAUGCCGUUCGAUUUGACGAACUCUUCAUCGCAACAGCAUCUUCGGACGGGUACACGCGCAUAUGGGGCUUCGCCAGAGGAGUCAAUCGAUAUCUCGCCAACUUCGGUCACCCAAAGUAAAUUCGAACCCUCAUUUGCUAAGCGCACAUUCGUUUUUGCAUAACUUUAUUCAGUAAAACGACCAACCUUUCGUGGUAGAAGGACGCUCAUCGAUCGGCCUGUACGACCGGUGAACCCCCCCUUCCACCAUUGAUGUUCCCGAUCGAAAGUGACAGGACAACGGGCCCGUGGCACAGUGGUUAUAGGCGUCAGACUUCAAAAUAAAUGGUCACGACUUCAAGCCUCGGGUGUAGCACACUUGCGGGUUGGGCAUAACUGACUGACGAGGGCUAAUAAGCCAGAAAUGACCAUCCCGGUCUCCCUUGUCUUUGUCGGUAAUACCAUUCUGUUCAUCCUUUAGUUUGGAAUAUCUUCUACACAUUGGAAACUCGAUAUAAAGCUGGGAAUCUUUGCUUCGAAAAAUUGACAGCUUUAGUUCAACGAAAUGAAGGUGUUUUCAGUGACACAGCAGUACGAUGCACAAAAAGCAUUCAAUAGAAAAUCCGUGCAACAGUUUGAGAAAGCACGUGUUAAUUAGCGUCUGCCGUUGAGAUUCUGUGCAGAAAUUGAAUCUUUCGCGGUAACAAAUUACUCAUGAAGAAAAAACCUUGAUUGGAAGUUUGUGAACUACGCUUCUGGUAGAGUCUUUAGGGGGGGGGGCAACUUUUUUGACGUUAGCGCUAACAUACAGUCCCCAUUAAAAACUGUAAAAAAAACAUCUGUUUGAGAUUUCAGGAGCCAAUGAAGGGCGGAUUUUAGGCACUGAACUUCGAACAAGGCAUAGAAAGUUAUGGAUGUGAGUAAACCUAGGUACGCUACAAAGUUAAAGGAAGUCUUUGUUAUUCACUGUGGUUAUUCACUUUUCAAGCAACAGUUCAACAACAGAGGACUUGCCAUUAGCAAUAUCGCGCGUUUGAUUCUAAACAUCCAUGGAAGUUAAUAGCACCCUGCAACUAGAUCAUUAAAUUUUUUAUUCCUCUACAUCGACCAAUAACAUGCCCUGUUUUGUUUUUUCUCCGACUCAGAGGCGUCUCAAGCAUACAUUAUGAAAACCUCCGUCUGAUAAGCGGUUGUUGGGAUGGAAACAUUCGCAUCUGGAAUAUCCUCAAUGGGGACUGCCAGCGAAUCAUCAGGGGCAAUCAGAGAGGAGAUCCCAUUCUCUCCUUUAUUGCACUUCCGAAGAAGUAAUUUUUUAAACAUGCAAAUAUCCAAUCCGCUGAUGCAGAAGAGUAGAUAUUUGGCCAAUAAUUUUACAGAAAAAUGACCUUUCGAGAAUUGACAACUGAGGACGGAAGUAGUUCCUGGUAAAAUUAUUACAGUGUCUUAAGCGUCUGACGAAUGUACUUGCAGCAACACUAGUUCAUGCGGUGAGGUGAAAAAUCUUGAUACUAAAAGUUCUAGGUAACUGUGAGCGAACUUUGAUGUCGAAUAUGCAGGAAAAUUAUGUUGGGAUACGGGAAAUUUUCGUCCCCUUUUGCCUUGGGGCUUGAUCUUAAACCACGCAGCCAGCCGCACAGUGAACAGCAGUACAGACAGUAGUAUAGUCAGCCAUCCUUACCCGAAUCAGGUUUGCGGAGGCCUGAGCCCCGAUCGCGCGUGGUUUGGUCGUCGAGCGUUAUUAAGUCCAACGCUCUACUAAUUGAGCAACGGGCUCGCUAUCGUAUCGAUUGAGAUCAAGAAUAUUGGCCAUACUGGAAGUGUGUUCACCAACGGCGGCUGCGGAACAUGCUUGUCUAUUAUGCCCCCAGACAAUCACACAGCGACUAGCAGUAUAGCCAAUAAACUUGAAUAGCACUAGAAAAGACCAUACGCAAACUUUGCAGUCAUAAUUCCAGAGAGAUGGCAUAAGCUUUACUGGCGUUGAACAGAUUAUCUGCUAAAGAAGUCGUGGGUUUCCAGAUGCCACUAAGACCGGCUGUUGUUAUAUGAAAACAAAGCUACUUAUAACAUAUUAUACUAUUAAAACAGUCUGCCACUUAUAAGUAGCACAAAUGAGCAGAUCUACAGAGGCAAACAAACUGUUCAAAUGGCGCCUACUGUCGGAAGAUUUUUCAGUCUUGCUGUAUUGGUAAGGCGGAUUUAAACGUCUCCGGUCAGCUAUGGCCUGACAUCUUUUGGUAGGAAAACGGUUUGCACAGACCAGAGACAAGGAAACCUUGCAGUUUACUCAGCUCUUAAACUUUUUUUGUGCUCCUGAACGUGCACCAGACACCUGUAUAGUCUUCCGUUUGAAAUCCUGGAGAUCAAGGACUACGCAAAAAGCAUAAUAUUCCAGGCCUUUAUUCGUGCAAAAUGUGUUCAGCUAAAAAUAUACAAUCAAAAUUCCAUCAACCGCGAAUAGUGCUCGGACACACUGAUAUCACUCUCAUCCUCACAGCUGACAGUAGUCCUCAUACUGCAGACGUGUUUAAUUGUUUCCGAGUUGUUCAAAUAUUAGUUUCAGACAAAAAUAUAUAUGACAGGGAAAGAUGGCGACCAAAGAUCGCACAAUACAAAAAAUAAAUGUACUUACAACUUCACAAGCAAUAUUCAAAAUAAAUCAACAUAGCUCGGCAAUAUUCCGCGAUCAUAAGUGAACCGAAUUCUGCUGUGCAAGUCGCCUUGGAGGCCGUCAAUGAGUAAAAGUAUAGCUAGUUGACUAACUGAUGUGAUAUUUCUUAAAUAUUGAGUUAUACUAAACCCUAAGGUUCAUCCAGCUAAAGCAUGAGGGCUUUUGGAUUUGCGUUUUUGUUAAUAAAGCCACUGUGUAAGCAGCCAAGAUACAUCAUUUGUGCUGUUGGGCUUACUAGCAAAGUAAAGAAAUGUUCAUUGCUUAUCCUCUAUCAUGGAAAAACUCCUGCAUCUCUACGUAAACGCCAUGCCUUGAGGAAAGUGAUUUUGUCUUAAAUAAUUUUCCGGGCACUGCGUAAAUUCCAUACACUGUAAUUCAAUCAGCCCCUGCUUGUACAUUGUCUCCUAAUUGCUCCUUUACUAAACAGACGGAAAUCACUCGAAAUAAUCCACCAUUACUGCUGAAUCACAAACCUACGUAUUUGCAACCUUUGCCAUAUUUGUCUUUUUUCCCAUGUAGACUAAUUGUGAACACUCAAAGUGGCGUACUUCUCCUGAACUUUGACGUCGCACACCCCGAGCUUGAAAAUUUGACUGAUCAGACAAUUCCAGCUGAAAACGCAGUUCCCAGGGUAAAAGUACCACCGCCACCACCACCAAGUUCGCUCAAGUUGGCACCAGAAAUAAGGAGACUGAGGGCUAUCCUAGUAGGAGGUCCCGAUUACCGCAUCCUGCAACGAUCGAACACUGUACAGGGCCGUUCGCAUUCCACAAGCGGCAAAAAAUCGACAAGUCCAAGCAGGACCACUCCUGCAAGCUAUGGAAACGCCAGCUUCGGCCUAAGGAUUUCACCAUCACUUCGCGGUACAAGUCGAACAACGAGGUCAGUUCGUGUGUGCGUCGCCGGUAGUGUUAGGGUUUUUCUCCUAUUAAUUUUGUUGAUUUUUGUCUCUAGAACUCCCUUUGGCUGAACUAGUAAGGCAACAUAUUUCUCUGCGGCGCCAUAUCACGAGCCAGGUCUUGUAAUGCAUCGCGGUGCACCAGAACAUGUUGAAAGCAUUUUAUCUAUCUUUCUGGCAAAGUAUCCGAAGAUUUACUAUGUGUUUUCAAAUAGACGACGUUUGUGCCUGUGCUCCGGGUUUUAGUAUGUGAAAGCGAUCCUUAAAAAUGAGUCUAAAAAUUGAAAGUCCCUAAUCCUCCAAUUGCUACCACAUCAACUUCCAAUGUCCCCGAUAACAGCUUACUGCGAGAACCAGGACGCAACAUAGUAAACAUGGUAGUUAAUUCAUGUAAGGCCUGAUAUCUAACUCCCAAAAGUCCCCGUAAAUCUCUUUCGGCAUCUUAAAACGCUUGUGCGGCAGUUAGGGAAGAGCAAUCUGACAACUGCUGCCUUUAAAGGCGUUCCUGGUCGAUGCCAAUUCAACGACUUUAGAAGGAAUUUGGGGUUUAAAAUCACGAUAACAAAUGCAGCAUUUGAGUAUAGCCUAUUAAAUGGGGCCAAAGAGGGACCUUAAAGUGGACUUUUGCACGCCACUGUGUUUAACUGCGUACGCGUUCAAAGGGAGAUGCAGUUGUUCUUUUAGUUAAAUUUAUAGGCGUUUUAGCAAAUUUUCAUAAUCCGUCGGCGGAGUUUAAAAACACGAGAGCAAGCGCUUGUCUUGUGUACAGCCAGCGUCCUAGCAACCUGCGUUACGGGGCGCCGAGCAGGAGCUGUGAGUUUAAUUAAAUUUGCAUUAAAUUACCCGCCUAACUUAGACCUAUAUAAUUCACCAAAUGCGAUACAGCAAGCCAACUGUCCCAGCAGGACCUAUUAGAUAAUAAAUCUAGAAACCAUCAGAUGACCACCAGUCUAGCCUGUUAAAUCGGUGCUUUUUGGCAGAAUGGGAUUAUGAUCCCGGCUCAUGGUCGGGAUAUCUAAGACUAGGUAGUUAGAGCUUUGGAUGUACGUGAACUUUGCACUGGCUGUUAUGGUCUUGGACCUCAGCGGGUCCGCCGCACUGGUUUGCGAUUUGAAGGACCUACAUCUCCCCUGAGAACGAAGACACGGUCGAAUUGCAAGAGGGUUUAAGAUCGGAACGUUUUGGGUCGUUUUUUGAAUAAACACAUUCCGAUGAUGAUACUGACUCCAGCACCUAGAUAGACAAUGAAAAUUCGAACAGCCUCGAUGCUUCAGUACAAUGCGUGACCUAUCUCAUGAAAUGAUGGUUGAAAUUCAGAAAUGCGUUUCCGAUUAGGAAGGAUUACCUGGUCGCGGUUGUGACAUUGAUUAUCUUAAGGCAUACUCUGAUAACAUUUUGGACUCGGCAGGAUGUCGGCUUUUAAAUGCACUUCUUUUCAAUCUCCUUUAGAAAGCGUGCUCGGUAAAAAAUGACUACUUAAGUAGCAUGCAUUUUUCCUAUUGAUUUUCGAUGGUUUUGAAAAUUUGAAUAUAUCUUAUAGAAACCACAAACAAAAAUGUGCUUUCUUUUAGUCAAUCAAUAGAGAAUCACGUCUUCUUUACAUUUUAUACUUAGGGAAGGAGUAUAAUUAGGUUUUAAAAAAGUUUCUAAUUAUGGGACUUUUUAAGACCGCGUUAUGUCCAUUUACACAGCAUCGUACCUGGCUGUUUACCACUGCUCAUCAUGAAAUGUACAACAUGGUCUGCCUCCAUUGCAAAAUUUUAUGGACCCUGUAUGAUAUCUCUUUAACGACAGAAAAAUAUGGGAUUUUCUUUACGCGGAACGCAUGCACCUUGUAGAUUGUAAUCACUAAGCGCUAAUGUAAAGAAUGAUCAGGCUCCAAAUUUUUCGGCAAUUAGAAAACUUUUUUAAAACCUAAUUAUACUCCUUCCUUAAGUAUAAAAUAUAAAGAAGACGUGAGUCUAUAUUGAUUGACUAAAAGAAAGCUUAUUUUUUGUGGUUUCUAUAAAAUAUAUUUGCAUUUCCAAGACCAUCGAAAAUCAAUAGGAAAAUUGCAUGCUACUUAAGUAGUCAUUUUUUACCGAGCACGCUUUCUAAAGGAGAUUGAAAAGAAAUGCAUUUAAAAGCCGACAUCCUGCCGAGUCCAAAAUGUUAUAAGAGUAUGCCUUAAGAUAAUCAAUGUCACAACCGCGACCAAGUAAUCCUUCCUAAUCGAAAACACAUUUCAGAAUUUCAGCCAACAUUUCAUGAGAUAGGUCACGCACUGUACACAUAGAGUGAGGAUAAGAACUAUUUAAAAGUACAUUUGCUCCUUUUUAUAUUAUAAAAGUGAAACAUUACAUUAUCAAAACUUGAUGACAUCUUUUGGAGGCAUUCUAGCUACUCUAUAUCUAAAUAAUAGUGUACGGGGAACUCUCUCAGUUCUAAAGCGUUUUGAAGAAAACAGCUAUUUAGCAGCUUACGAAACUUCAACGUCUCGUCCAAAUGAAACAAGCUAAUAAGCAAACUUCCCACAGCGCUCACUCCUUUGAUUUCAUCGGUGAGGUGUUUCCACGCAUAAAGUACGCCUCAGCAUCAGCGUGGACGAGCAACCGGCAACAGCAGCAGCCUCAACACACACGGCAGUUCGACCGCCGAUUCCGACGUUGCCCACCGUGUGCACAAUAGCAUGCUGAAGCAGGCACACUGACUCAUGCGUGAUUUAGCUUAUAGUGAUAGUUGAAUCGCACAGCAUCUACCGCACAUUCUCUUCCUCCUCCUCCUCCUCCUCCUCCUCCUCCCCCAUCUGGACUCGGUGCCAAGACAGGGUCAAGAUCAGCGGUGGGGAAGGUGGCCGGUGGAUGGCACGAUCGAGCCAGCACCUUAGCACUCCACUCCACAUUCCCCUGGUUCACACGGAAAAUCACCGGGUUUAGACCAACAACAACAAUAGAGGGUUGCAGGGGACCCAUUGUGCGCGACGUCUGCCGGCAACCGGGUCCGCCACCGCCCCCUGAAUUGUUAUUGUGCGCAGGUCCGAUAACGCCUGCCAGAAUCCGGUAUGGCUCCCGUGUUAGUCCAGAGCAUCUAACACCUGGUCACAAACACAUACACACAUGAUAGUUCGACCAUCGAUUUCGAUGAUGUCUACAGACUGCAUUGUGGGAGCAGGGAUGAUGACUUACGCAGGGGUUUAUAGUGCCAGUUGACUUGCGUAGCAUCUACCUAUACUCUCUCUUCCUCCUUCGCCUGAGCCCGAUGCCAGGACAGGGUCAAGAAGACCGGAGACGGGGGAGGCCGCAAUCGGAUGGCUCGGACGGAUCCUCGCCUUGGCGCUCCACUCCGCACCCCCUGGUCCACACACAAAUGACCAGGAUUUUUACCGCCACAAUAAUGGAGAGCGUGGCAGUGAUCGCAGUUGUGCGACGGCUGUCGACAACAGGGACUGCCAACGUACCCCCUAGAUGUUGGCAUUUGCUAUUGCGCGCAGAUAGCGCCUGCCGGACUCCGAUGCGGCCCCCGGUUGGUCCAGCGCAUCUAACACGUGGCCCGUUUGGAGGACACACACACAGGACAGUUCGAACGUCGAUUCCCUCGAUGUCCACCAUUUCCUCAAUAACGGGCGGUGAUUUACACGCGAAUUAUUCUAUUGUGACAGAAUGCUUGCGACGAAUCUGUUGCGCUCCCUCCUCCACCACACGGGCCAAGCAUCAAGACGGAGUUAGGAAACCGGAGGUGUGAGAGGCCUCAAGCGGCUGGCACAGCCUAAACUCGCACCGGUGCGUACAACCAUACCCAUCUAGUUCAUAACAGUCGCUGAACAGGAUUUCACACAACAAAAAUAGAAGUGGGUGGCAUGGGUCCCAAAGAGCGCGGAAUAAACCGUAAACUGGACCUGCCACUACACCGAAAGUGUUAGUAUUUGUUUUGAGCGCGCAUUUCCGACCACACCUACUGGAUUAUGAUCCAGUCCCUGUUGGUCCAACACAUUUGCGGCGUCCCCGUUUUGAGGACACAAGAUAUAUAUAUAUAGGCAGAAUGGUAUUACCGACAAAGACAAGGGAGACUGGAAUGGCCAUUUCUGGCUUAUUAGCCGUCGUCAGCCAGCCAUACCUAAGCCCGAAGUGUGGAACACCCGAGCCUCGAACUCGCGACCUGUUGGUUUAGAAGUCCACGCCUCUACCCACCGGGCCACGAGCCCGUUGUCCUGAUCGGUUGUAUAUUCCCGAUCGAAAACCGACAGGGCAAUGGGCUCGUGGCCCGGUGGGUAGAGGCGUGGACUUCUAAACCAACAGGUCGCGAGCUCGAGGCUCGGGUGUUCCACACUUCGGGCUUAGGUAUGGCUGGCUGACGACGGCUAAUAAACCAGAAAUGGCCAUUCCGCCACAUAUUCAAGUUUGAUGAGGCCGGAAUUCUCGCGAGAAGGGAUAAUCGCGUGAGCCGCGAGUUUCUUGAGUCAUGGUUUACGGGACCUCAGUCAAUUAACAAGUGCAACGACAUCAUCACUCCGCAUUCCGUGCUGAGGCAAAGGCUGGCCAAAUUAAUUAACUAUUCGAGGAGCGUGCAAGCCGGUGAGCCAGAUGGCCGAGCAAUCAUCACGUCAGCAUCCAACACGAGUGAUGAGAUUUCAGCAAAUAACAACUUACAUGCCGGCCAUCAAGCAAUUAGCGCACCAGCCGGCAACGAUUCUUGAUGAAGGGGAGCGCGGUUAAUUGCUAUAGGUAUGCGGUAGCAUAGCCACUGCAUCCUAUGAAUACUGCAGCUUCCUGUGCACGAGUCACCCUUUUCUGCCACCGUCUCUGAUAAUGGACUCAAGUGAGAUUCCGAAACGUCAGGUGAAUAAGGCCUUUGUUCCGGCGAUCGCUUCUUCUUCUUCUUCUUCUUCUUCUUCUUCUUCUUCUUCUUCUGAUAAAGUUAAUCCUGUAACUCGCAUGUUCGCUUGUAUCGGCUUUUCGCUUGGUCUUAUGGAUUGUUGCCGUAUGCUGUUGUGGACCAGAGGGAUAAGGUCUGAGUAACACAUUGUUCAUGACUACGCUGUAAUUGCGACACACUGGUUUGGGCAACUAGAAGGAUGAAACGUCCCCACCCUUAGAGAGAUCAGUGCGACCAGUGCAUGGCGAGUUUGUCGACUAAGAGAUGAUUUAGAAAGCAUCUUUCUUGAGGCCCCCACAGUUGCUGUGAGUUGUCACACUAGCGAGGGAAACAGCAAGUGUUAAUCUACUCUUACUUGAUUUCUAACAUUACAGCAGACAAUCUGCCCUUAAAGAUACUCGUAGCAUUGGUGUACAAACGUACAUUUACUCGGAGAGUGAUUUUGAGAGCGAUGCUGAAGAGGGCGCUUCGGGCAGCGACGAAAUUCCGCCCGCGAGGGAGGAUGGACACCUGUUUCCACUCAACGUGGGAAAUGUCCUGAAAAAUUACUCUCAACUGUUGGACUACUCAAAGACUGUCAAUUUCGCUUCGGUUGGGGAAGUGACCAAGCCUACUCUCCCGUGGAGGCCACAGUCCGCAUCUGGGCUUUAUGAAACCCCUCCGCACAAGGAAAUCAGACGGGCUGGGAUUCUAACACCAAAGGGGCCAUCUAUGGAGAAAAAUGAAGUUUCGAAGAAGACGGUAAGCUACUUUCACUGAGUGCUCAGAGGGCCAUUGCUGUCCUGUUACUAUCGGUGCUGAGCUAACCGUUUGCAGAGUGAUUUGGUUGUAAAACGCUGAAGAUCCCGCCGAAUGCUAUUUCAUUUCCACCAAGAUCCAAUACGGAAACCUUUUUUCGCCUUCAUUGCUUGUUCUCAACCACCAAUUAGCAAAUUUAUUUCAGACAACGGAAGUUGUAGGCAAAUUUAGACCAGAUGGACUAAGAGCAUUACAAUUUGGGAGUCGAUUACGGAAAUUUUUCCAAUAGGUACUUCUGGAAAAGAUGACUGCAAUUUGGGUGUCGUUCAGGAAAGUCCAACACAAGAUGAGCGGCGUUUAUUUCGAGAAUGUAGCCUGAAAAAUGAUGCUUUGCGUUGUUGGGGUAAAAAGGGGUGGGGUGUCGGCUGCACGACCAAGUUGUGAGCAUGGUAAAUGAAUGCCUGCACGUCCGGUAAGUCUACGGUGACGAUGCGCUCACACGCCGUCCAAUCGAUCGACACACACGGCCCGCGCGUGUUGAUAUCGUGCGAGCCACCACAGGAUUGGAGGGAUGCUCAGCCACUCAGACGAGUCAGAAGUCCAUUUGAUAUGCUAACAGCUCAAGGACAUGACCUUAUUGGCUCAAUUCCAGUCCGGCCUUAGAAAACGCUCUUUGUACCUUUUAUCGCUCGAUUUGCGCUGUUAGAACUUAGCUAUUGAUUUUCUGUCCUUCCACCUUGCUGUCCACUUAUCAUUUGGGGAAUGGACCUCGGAAGGCUGUGAAAUGGUUACUAGCAAGGCAGUACUACAAGAGCAUAGCAAAAAGAACUGCCUGAAGACCUUACUCAAAUUCCUUCAAUUCAAUCAAGGGACUUAGCGAAGCCGUAGUCAACAUCGACGGAUCCGGAACACUGUCAUCCACACAGCGAAGACUAAGACGAGACUCGAGACACCCAAGAAUGCAAUGUCAUGAACCAGCGUCCCUGAUAACCUGUCCAUACGGUUAUCUUACAUUCAGGGCUUCUAAGAAACUUUCGGAUACACAACGAUGUCAUUAUGACCAGCCCAUCUCUAACACAAAAAACGUCGCCAGCCUAAUCAUUCAAGACAACCUUCGCGCCCCAGUCUCAGUUUCCCUCUAGUUGAACAUUUUUGUACCCACGAAACGGGACUGUCACCAGUACGCAUAGUUCACGCAUCAACAGGUAUUUCCCUACCCAACCGCGUAGCACAUGCACAUACGGUAGGUGGGCUAACUCCUGGGAGGUCAGCCGUUAUUCCGAAAUGCGUUUUCGUUUCGAGAAGAUUAAUUAAAUAGGAUUGUAAAACUAAUCAUCAUGUAGUGUAAUUCUAGAAUAAUUCCCUUACCGAAGGAUGCUGGCGUUCGAAUAAACUUCUUUCCGGUCGCAUGCAAUAAUUAGACUCUGCGAAAAAUGACUACUUAUACGACCUGCAUUUUUCUCAUUGAUGUUCGAUACCUUUAGAAGUACAAUUAUAUUUCAUGGAAAACAUGCAUAAAAAUAUUUAUUAUUUUACUCAUUCAGUAGGAAAUAACGUUUUCUUUAAAUUUUAUACACGAAAAAGGAGUAGAACUCAGUUUUCACAAACUUUUCUAAUUCCCGAAAAAAUUUUGAAAUCGAACUGCCGUUAGACUUGCAUUCGGGGUUUUCAAACUACAAGCCGUGAAUUUUCCGUGCGCGGAAAACAAUGCAUUCAUCAACGGUAUUAGGAGGGGAGUGCAUGGGGUUCAUGAAAUUUACCAGUGGAUUUGAACCAUAUUGUAAACUUUAAGAGCAAAGUUAGUUAAUGAAGAGAUACGACGUUUUAUGAGCGGUCAUUUCGCGGUUUAAAAAAAGUGCACAAUAAGAAAUUGAAUAACACCGUUUCUUUAAGUAUAAAAUUGAAAGAAGACGUAAUUAUCUGCUGAAUGAGUAAAUGAAUAAAUAUUUUUUCUAUGUUUUCUAUGAUAUAUAUUUGCAUUUUUAAGGGCAUUAAAAAGCAGUGGAAAAAGUAAAUCCCAUAUAACUUGUCAUUUUUUGACGUGUGGUUAUUGCAUGCGGCCUCAAAGAAGUUCAUUAAAAGGCCAGUAUCCGUCAGUAACGGAAUUACUAUAGAAGUACGUUGCAUGAUGAUUAAUUUUGCAACCCUAUUUAAUUAAUCUUUUCGAAACGAAAACGCAUUUCACAAUUUCGGUUGACAUUUCAUGAGUUAGCCAACGUACUAUACAAAUACUCUUAGAUAAUACAAUAUUAUUUUGACCACGCGCGUUUACGCUUUAGUUAUCGCGAAAACAUAUUAUCUCGCGAACAUUGCUGGCGUUAUUACAACGGCCGAAUUAUCGUAAGUGGCAAUGUGCCCAUCUCACUUACGCGAGCAUGUUGUUUGUACUACUUUUUGUGAGGUCUGAUAAUGUGAAGUAUAGGAGCAGUGUGUUUUCAUCACAAGUAGACGAAGAUCCUUGCGUCGUGUCAGUCCCUCAGACCAAUCCUCCCCACCAGUCAGCUGAGGUACUAUCUUCUGACACAUGGAAGAGAGAUGAGGCAGCAUGGGGGCGUUCUGACUUCUACUUCCUAAUAAUGAGCCCGCGUAUCACUCCCUUUAGUAGAUCCAAUACACUUUAAUCUAUCAGAAAGCCACAAAAGUAUUGAUACGGAGUGCUGCUGGCUAGUGGGAUAAGUCAUUUACCCUUUGGGACGAGAGUCUGACUAGAAUGGCUGCUUCUUAGGGUGGCCCUCUUGCCAUCACUCACUUCUGUGACCUCUGAAGCCCAGUGUGGCACUGGUUAUACACAGAGUCUGCGUUGCGAUAGCCGGUAUGCUUAGUAUGAUUUGCGGUCGCUUUGACAAGGGUACACGUGUGCGCGGAGGAGUGAAGGGAGAGCGAGAUUGAUCUCGCCAGGUGUUCGACGCUAAGUUCCUCAUCAUAAACGCCCAGAUGAACCUUAAAAGUGCUCUGACAAGUUAAGGGUAUUCGGUCAGAAUGUAGUCAACUAACGGACUAACUUGAUCUCAGGUGGGACUAUGGGUCAGGUUGCAACUGCUCUUCCUUAUAUAACAACACUGUUUUAUUGAGGACACGUGCGGGCAUAGCCGUUACAAGUACUCCGAUUGCGUGAAACAACCGAGGCCGCAAAUUACCGUGGAGAUCAACGAUGUCGGAGUGACGCAGGGGAACAAGAGACGGAUGCAGCUCCACAGCCCGGAACUGGCAACAUAUGCAUCAUAUACUACGAAUAGUGUUCAAAACCCCCAACUCUCAGAAGAUGACCAAAUGGAACCAAUGCUCCAAACGCCAGAUUGCAAAUAAGCCUCUCUCGCUGAACGAUUUUGCUUCUUCUUUCGACUGUAGUUGAAGAGCACGUUUCCAUAGCAGUGAACGCAUUUAUUAAUUUUUUUUAUGCUUUUCAUCAGACCCGAGUUUAACUCAGUUUUUAUGCUCAGAAAAAAUAUGCCAAGGGUUUUUUCCUUGUUAGACUUAAUGUUUAUUUGUCCUGAACUUCAUAUCUCUUAACAAACUUAUUCCAACUACUUUACGUAUGUGACUGCGUAUCGAAAACCCAUCUGGUUCUUGUACAUGAAUACUAUUUAUGUUUGAGAAUGCAGAGUUGCAGGCAAUCCCUGUAAAGUUGUUCUUAGCCACAAAGUUGAGAUUUGGCUAAACAUUUUCUUGGAUUACGUAAUAACUCAGUUCAGGUCUUCAGACCCGCAUAACUACGGACCUUCGCUGUUUAGAAACCUCAGCCGGACGAAAGGCCGUCCCUGACCUUCCUGGCGCAAACCACACGCAGUGCGAAGAUGCUGGUUUCUGUAGCGGCUGAAAUUCACAGGAAACGCGCUAGGCAAGCCCAAGGUUGGUGAACAUUCAUUUGGCAGAGUAUCGUGUCGUUGCUUUCGUUAGCGACGAGGCUAACGUUUGGAUCCAAUCAAAUUCAUGAACAUAUGAGAUAUAAAGUGUUGUAAACGGAAUAGGAUUACCGACAGACUUUAACAUUUCAGAGUUUGUUCAUUUUCCCAAAGGACCCAUUUUUCUUUGACAUAUGUAUAGAUAUACAUGUAUAGGCAGUAUGUCAUUACCGACAAAGACAAGGGGGACUGGGAUGGCCACUUUAAGCUUCGUCAGUCAGCCGCACCCCAACCCCGAGGAGUGGAACACCCGAGUCUCUAACCCACGACCAGUUGGGUUAGAAAUCCCCCUUUGCCCUUGCACAUAUCCAAUCGCAACCGAAAGGGCAACGAGCCCCUUGCUCAGUGGUUGGGGAUGUUGGACCUCCAACCAACAGGUCGCGGAAUCCAGCUCCAGGUGUUGCACAAUUCAGGGUUUGGUAUGGCUGUCUGAAGACUGCUGAUAAGCCAGAACUGGUCGUUAUAAUUCCCCGUGUCUUUGUUGGUAAUGCGUUUCUGCUUGGCAUUGCACGGCUGCUGGUGGGGCUCGAGAUGUGUAAGUUUCGUAGCGCUAUCGAUGAGCUCCCUCAACCAUAUUGAAGACUCUUUGUAAACAGAGUUUAUUUGCAGCAGUAGAUGUAGGAUUUCCUCCGGGCUUCAUUUCAUUGGCCUGGGUAAUGAAUGCUCCUAAAGAGAGAGAUUUAGAUCACAAGUUCAAGUUAAAAGAAACUACGUGGGCGCUGUUGCAUGUCUGAAUGCGCGGAGUAGAGCCGCAAGUUAUGUCAGAUCAAGUUGGAUGUUGGUAUGCGAUUAAAAACGUUUUGACCGCCCCCUGUCUACCAUCUGGAAUGAAAGUACCACUUGUUUAGUUGGGAAUGUUUUGAUAGGAUUUCGUGGAUGAUAUAAAUUUACUUGCAGUUCAUAUGCUUAAUUAAAAACAGUUUCAUUUUAUCAAUACUUUUUAUGACAUGUUGUCUUUAACUGAUAAAAGUUCUCUUAUCAAAGAUGAAGGUGAUUGAUACUAGAAAACCUUUAGGGUACUAAUUUUGCUGCAUCUUUAGUCGUGACUUCGCAUGGAGAUCGAUUCUGUUUUCUGCUUGCCCAUUGUCGUCAACAUAUUUAUUACAGUCUCCCAUAAUCACCAGACGUUUGCUUCAAAUAAACUCCUUGCAUAAAAUUUGUAAAACGUUUGGAUAACUUAAAACGUCACGACAAUUUCAAACCAGAAAAGUAAUAACAGAUAAUACAAAAAUCAAAAUUGCUGCUUCCGAAAUUCAAAGUUAAGGGCCGAAUUUCUUAACAACGGGCAUAUUUUAUGAAACUGGUCUUUAUUUCUUCUAAGAGCAACGACAAACUUCUUACUAGCGACUUUUUCAAAAGAAAUUUUUACACGUAGCUGGAACUCUUUAUGCCUCAGUCAUACGCUUACAUGCUCGAAUCACGCUGGGGACAUCAAGUACGUCUCUCUGAGUACUGACUUGAGAAAAUCAUUGUCAUCAGUUAUUGCAUCCUGACUGACUCCUGACCAAAAACUAAGCUGACAAAUCCUAUGGACCUGUGUUACAUAUUACUCACUUCCGCCAUCUGAAUUAAAUAGUUGAUAAAUGUGGUUGUGUAGCCGUAUCUGAUGAGUACAAUAUUGUUGAUCUACUCAAUAAUUUUGAGUUGGUGUGGUUAAGUUGGCGUGGUGUUACUGUGCGUUGCGGUGUGUGUGUUCUGUUGGCGGCCUUGUUUCUUUGUUGUCGUGUCUACCUUUUUUAGCCCAAUGCCGGCGGUCCUUCUUGACAUUCCGCCUGUCGCCUCCUUCUAAAUGUCGUGCUGGAUGUCUUAGGGCAGGGUUUAGAACUGUUAUUAAGGAUUAGGGGCUGGUUAGGGGCAAGGGUAAGGGGGUUAGGGUUUAUGCUUAGCGGUUAGGGUUAAGGGUCAAAAUUAUGGGCUAUCGUUGGGACUUGGGGCAAUUAUCUCUCAACUACUCUAAAUACGACCGCGAAUACCCAACAACUUUUUGCAUGCACUUACUUGACCUCGUCGCUUGCGCGUUUCGCGGCCACACCUGUAAAAACCCCUAUUUCCACCCGUCCCGUCUUACAGGUGGCCGCGAUUCGUUUAUCUCAACUGCGGCUAAAUAAUCACAUCUGACUAAAUAGUUAUGGCCACUUGAGAAAUGUCACUCAAAUCCGACGGGUAAAUACCCACUGAAGAAGCAUUCUUAACCGUUUAUUGAGCGCUGGGGAGACAAAUUAGAAACAGGUUUUCUUAGUUAAGUAUAAUCAAAAAUUUGGGGAUCUCUGCGGAGCUUGUUCCACAAAUAAUACUUGAGGGUUCAUUUACAUCGCGGAAAGAGAGAUUGCUGUUGGGACCGUGGCAUAUAAUGCAAACGGAGUCUCCAUUUCCCGAUAGAGCGAAAAUUUCGCCAGCUCGCUCUAUCACCAUGCAAAUCUCUAGCCGCCAUCUUCGGAAUUAAUCCUACCUGACGACCCCGCUAUCGCAAGCAAUGCCAUCUACUCACGGAAUGAGCACAGCGUCGGUGACUUGCGAGUGAAAAGGCCUACAGUGAAGCGAACUGCUCAUCGUCUGCCCCACUCUAACCUCCCUCACCUGAUUUGCUCCCACACUAAGAUAAAGUAGAGUUGAUUUAGGUUCAGUAACUGAUAAGGCCAGUCAGUUCGUCUACGCAUGCCGCUCAUGAACUGGUCCCCACUGCCAGUAGCAGGUUCCCAUGAGAUCAGCUAGGAUUUCGUAUGCGUAAGGAUGCCAGGAGGGCUACGUUACGACGAAGUCAUUACAGUCUGCCUCUCAGUUAUGAGUAGUACAGAGCUAUCCUGUCCGAUAAAAACUUUCUAUGUCACUACUCUUAGUGUACCGUUAUAGAUUCAAGGCGGCGGAUAUGCUGUAGUGAGGGAUGUGCUAUUUUUGGCAAGCGCUUUUGUGCUGGAAGAACAUCUUGAAAGCCGUCGACUGCCUCCUCAUACCACUCAGAGUUGGAUUUGCAAACAGACCGAAGGCAACAAUCAGGUCAUGAGCUCGAAGGACUUAAUGCCACGGCCAGAAGCCUCUGGAGAUGGUUACCGGAUCUCGCACAUCUAUGGACAAGGUAACUACGUAGAAGAAACUGGGAGACUACUGUGGACGUGAAUGAUCGAGCACGAGAAACAGUGAGGAGGAGUGGCGCCAGCUCCCAGAUAGCGGCCCAUUCCACGGGAUCCAGUCACGCCUUCAAGUUUGAUAAAGCCGAAGUUCCGCGUGAACGGUGUAUUGCUUGCGUCGUGGUUCUCCGGCCCGCAUUCAGUUAACAAGUACAAUGACUUUAAACCUACAUAUUCUGUGCCGUGACUUCGUCAGGGCAAAAUUUCUGGCCAUGCGGGAAGGGUGCGGACGACCAGCAGUCACGGUGACGGGGAGCAAGAUUGCAGAGUAAUCGUCACACCGAAAAUCGAUAAAAGUGAUGAAAUCAUAUCAAUUAACAUCUAGGAUACAUACUAACAAGCAAUCAUUGCAUUAUUUACAAGCCCGAGGGGUGAACAGGAAUACUGCCAAAUAGAGUAGGCACGUGGUUGCCUGGUAACCGCGCUCUAUAAAUAGGGCGCACCUUUUGCCCCUACCACCCUUUUCUGAGACUGUCUCUAGUAUUGGGCACGAGUGACGAUCCAAAACUUCAGGUCGAUAGUCCUCUCGUUCAAGCGAUUGGAUUUAUCUUUUCUGAACUGUUUUCUGGUACGCAUCUAUUUGUUCCUAUUAGCAGUUUGCCAAUAUUUCAUUAGGAAGGACUCCUUGCUUCUACCUUCUCUCUCUAAUUCGCCAGUCGACUGUCAGGCAAGUGAUCGCGUGGUAUCCCUACUAAAAACCUUGCUGAGGGACAACAUGAAUACUGGCGUAAAUCAACCAGUGAUGAAAACGCCUUUGGCGCGGAAUUUCCACGACAUCAUUAAGCGAUCACAGCGACAGGGGCCUAUAACCAUCACGCAUAUCGAUUGUAUUCCUAGUGCAUAAUUAAUCCCGGAUCGCCAUGUCAUGCGGUCAGUUGAAACUUGGGAUCCAACUCACAUACGGUUUAUCUGCUACUCACUGGAACUUGGACUCUACGUGACACAUUAUUUACGCAAAGGGCCGUCAAAAAGCCAAUUUGAGGGGAUUGUUGUGCCCUAGAAUUUAUUUAUAAAGAUAAAAGACGUUCCCUAAUAUCAAAUUGGCCGAUUUAUCGCUUAAAACGAAUCCGUCCCUUCAGGUAUCGCGUUGCAAAUCUGAUGCACUAAGAGAGUUUCUCGGGUAGGGGGGGGGAUGGGCUCUUGUUCAAUUUUCAUUAAUGAUUGGAUAUUGCAGGCUCAUGUUUUUAUUGCUAAAAUACGCCUACUUAUUUCAUUUUGGCAGGCCUGUUAUAUCCGGACGACGUUUCUGACUUCGCUUUAGACAAUAACUAGACGUAAAGUUAAGACCGACGUUGGGGGUGGGUUAAAGAUCUGUUCUAGGGUGACGUUUGCUGUCACAUGCCGCCUGCCUAAACCGACCUUCUUUAACCGAUGACCUUAGAUUGACUGUUUUUUGCCCGUUUACAUGGCCUUAUUCGCAGUUUUCAAAUUGCGCGGUCUCUUUCACGAACCUUUGAAGAAGUGAAACAGACACAUGACAGAAACACAAGUUUUCUCGAGUCGUUCCGCAGAUUCCGUUAAUUGCUGCAUCUAUCUGACGUCCCAAUAAAACUGGUAUAAACAUCCCUCCCACACUACAAGAGUCAUGGACUAUGGUUUCUAGGCAGGCUUGAAGUAGUAACACUCACGAAAUUUUCAAUAUAAAUCAUUACUUUUCGAACAAGAAGAAGAUGGGCUCACCGGAACAGGUUUUUUAGAUGCUGACGUUUCGAAGAUCUUGGUCGACUCUUCAUUGUCAAAGCGUAAGGUGACCUUAAUCGACCAUAAAUCCCAAGUGGCAUGUCAUGUUGGUCGGCCUCGUGCUGACCGGUUUUUCUCUCCUCUCGCUGCCUCGGUCUCUCGGGGGAUGAUUGAAAGGCCUUUUGCCUGCGUGCGUUGUGAGUCACUAUUCAGUCGGGGGGAGGUGAUUGAACCAGUGUCAGGUGGUCGGUCUGGCGGCUCUUGUUCUUCUACAUCGAGUAAACUAGCCGUUGGGCAGUCUUGAGUUCGGUGUGGUUGUUUGGUCAUGAGCUCUAUGAUGUGAUGACGCAGGACUGCAAGCUGCAUGGAGGUCUAUAUGCCGGUUGAUGGAGUGGGCAUCGGAGAACCACGCCUCGAGAGUUAGCCGUUCUGCUUUUGUGUUGCCCCGGCCUAAGAUGGUAGCUCGCUGGAGAUUGAAAUUAUGCCCAGUUUCUUCGACGUGUAUUGCUAAUUGAGAUUUUGGGUCUAACCUCCGAGUAGCCGAUUUGUGCUCUUGUAGGCGAGUCUGCAAUUUCGCACGGCUUGUCCCACAUAUUUUAGUCGCUCUCAUCACAAUUUAUUUUGUAGAUAACUGCUGAGGUUUCGGCGGAUGGCAAUGAGUCCUUAGGUUGCAUCAGACGGCGUCGAAGUAUUGCCUGUGGUCGGUGGGCUAUGCCUACUCUGGCAGGUUGUAACAAUCGAGAGACCGCCUAAGUGAGACCUUUGACGCAGGGAAUGGCCUUCCAGACUUCAGGUCGCUGCCCAUUUGUCCGUCGUCUGCGCACUCGACGUUUGUUUCUUUCGAUAAAAUAUCUGGGAUAACCAGUGGUUGCAAAUGGGUUCUGAAGAUACAUUCGUUCGGCUCUUUUAUCUUCUGGCGUGCUGCAGUGUGUUUCCACUCUGCAAUAGAGUGCGGAAACAGUUACGUUUGUGUGGCAGAGAAUGGUUGUUGUUGAAGUGUAGAAUCUGUCUCGUGUCGGUGGACUUUCGGAAUACUGUAGUUUGCAGCUGUGCAGUGGUACACCGGCGCACAAGCACGUCAAGCAAGGUCAAUUGGUUGUUUGUUUCUGCUCCCAUCAUAAAUUGGAUAUUCGGAUCAACCGAGUUCAGUAGUUCCCUUAGGUGCUCAAUAUCAGUUGCUUUGACGACGGCGAAGAUGUCAUCGACAUAGCAAACCCAAAACGUAGGUUGAUACUUGGAGAACACCAAGUGUUCUAUCCGUUGAAAAACUACUUCAGCGAUUAGGCCUGAUAGAGGGGAGCCCAUAGGAGUGCCUUUUAUUUGUUUGUACAUUUGUCCACCAAAGGUGAAAAAGGUCUUGAGGCAGUAUCGCAGAAUCUCGAGCAGAUGUUCAGACUUCAGGGGCUUGUCCCUCUCCUCAUAGCGCUCUGCCAGUAGUUGGUCCGCAGCGUAUACCGCUAGUUGCUGUGUAAUGAAGGUGAAGAGCAAAACGACAUCAAAGGAUACCAUGGAUUCGUAUGGCUCUAACUUUUCAAGGUCUUUCAUUUAACUGAAGUGAGUGGUUCUUAUUUGAGUGACCAGGUGUCGUCAUAGAUUCCCGGUGCGAAUUCGUAAUUAAAUACCCGUAGAAUGUUUUAAACCCUACAAAAAUUCUCCACGUAUUUCACACUGGCCUACGUUUUGCAAUUCAAUACUUUAAGUACUUCAGAGUGCAGAACAAGGCCUAAAUUUUUAUACAACGCCCAAGAAAAUUUCAGUUACUCUUUCUUUUUCUUAUUCUGAAAGGCAAAAAGGAAAUGCAAUCGCUAAAGAAGUUUGAUCCAUCUCUGUCAAGCGACCCUUCACAUCCAGUCUGGAAAAUCUUUUCGGAAGACGGCAGUCUUUUUCCAUUGUGAACGUCGAUUCUGCCCUAAAUGCUUUCCUUCGAUAAACUUUAUGCUGGUCUACCAUCAUUUCCAGCACCACCAUAAGUGCAUUUGGAAUCCAAAACCCUCAAUUUUCGGCGGUUUAAAAAUAUGAUUUUGGAAGGCGUUUCUAACCGGUGUCAGAAGAAUUCUGUUCCUUUUGAAACUAAAAAACCCAAUAACAUAGCAUUUCACCUGUCAUUUCUUCCUUCUGGAUCGAAAACGACAUCAACUGAAAUGACAUGCAUAAGUAGGUUUUCCACUAAUCGGCAGUUCAGUGCUUGGAAAUGUUCUGCAUACUUAAGUGGAUUAGUAGUCUAUCAGUUUGCAGGUAGAUGGUUCACGGAUUGUAGUGAAAAUCGUUUGGUGAUUUACGCUACACUCGAUGUCGAGAUUGUGUGUAGAGCAGCAUUGGCAGAAGCCAGAACUGAUAGUGCCGCGAAAAUCUCGGAUGAAAGUUUGGUCUCCCUCAAGCCUAUCUACUUUCAGUUUAAACUGUCCCAAUUCUUGCUAAAUUGGUAGGAUGUUGAACAAUGGCGCGCACACAUGACAAACAUGUUACAACAGUCUCUGGGAAUGUUAUAGUGUGCUUGAUGACGGUACACCAAGGCACGACCCGAAGCGCAUUACCUUUCGAGGAUUUCGACAGCGCUGGUCGACGAAAUGGUCGUCUACACAAAAAGGAGACUUAUCUUUCGUGCCCGUAGGGCAUAGUGCGCACUCUUGAGGUGUGCCAUCAUUGUCCUGAAUGCUCAUUUUCAUCGUUAGUUGCUGCAGUAAGUUAGGGUCACGCACAACGCCAACGACCGCAUAUGUUAUUGACUUUCGAAUUAAAAAUACAAUAAGCCCCUUUUUGUAAAACACGUAACGUCACACAGCAGCUACCCGGGUACCCUUCCAUAUGUCAACACCAUCAGGGUGGCACUGUCGCGUGUUUUAUACUUGCAUCUGUGAAAGAGCCACAAUUAAUACUCUCUGUCACAUGCCUCAGUUUGCCUCAGAUAAGAGGGGGAGGAGAAAGACAUUCUUACUACUACUACUACUACUACUACUACUACUACUACUACUACUACUACUACUACUACUACUACUACUACUACUACUACUACUACUACUACUACUACUACUACAACUACAACUACUACUACUACCACUACUGCUACUACUUCUCAACCAUUCGCAGCGUUCCCAUCUGA